GCUAGAAAAGAAACUCAUGAGAGUGUGAAGUUUUCUUAAUGGGUUUGCUAGGUUCCUGUUGGCUUAUCAUUGAAUGUAUUAUCAUCCCGAAUGGAUAUAUCAAGUUAUUUUACUUGAGUUUCUAUCUCCAUCCUGUUUUUCUCUACUCUUUCCAGAUUUUUCUAUGGUUAAAGGAGCUAAGGAGGUGUCUUUUGUUUGCAUUGUUUUAUCUUUUACGAAUCACUUGCAUCUUCAAAUUCAUGAAUAGGGCUGUCUUGUUCUUUCUUCAUAAAUCAAUGAGAACCGAUGUUUUCUAUGAUGUAAUGGAGCAAGAAAUUAAAAAUCAUGAAAUUGUUGUUUCUUCAUAUUGUAGUUGGAAUCCAACUUGUAUACCUAGUCAGGUUAGUAUUCUGCAUAAAUUUCAAUCAAAAGAAGUGGGAAGUAGUCAUUACUUGAAGUCAUCGUGUGCAAAAACCUUGUCUGGGAACUUGUUUAGAGAAGGGUUUCCCGAGGAGCUCGAUAUGGAUUGGUUCAGCAAUCAAGAAAUCGGUGAAAAACUUGAAAAUCUCGAUAUCGGCUCCCAUAACUCAUCGGAUUUGCAUGUUAUCGGCUUCAAUCAGAAAUCAGAAGAUACUGAUCAGAAUGACUCUACUAAUUCAUCUGCAUCUGCUACAGAUUUGUUUAUUGAUGAUUCAUCAUCAUCAUUUUCUUGCUCAAAUUCAACUGUCGCACUCGAGCAAUGUACGACAAACAAAAGUGCAGACGAAGUAGCAGACUCAUUCUACCGAAAGUAUACAGAAAGAAUGAGAUGGUUUGACAUUCUCAGUUGUGAUAGAUUAUUCGGAAUAAAUGCAAUAGUAGGUGGCUCAUGGAAUAAAAUGGACAGAAAAAUGAUUGCAAGUAGUUUGGAAAGUGACUUGGAGUUGAUAUAUGUGGCCCAAAUGUGCUUGUCCUGGGAAGCACUCUACUAUCAAUACAGAAAGAUUGAAUCCAUUAUCAAUACUCAAAAAGAGGCAUUAUUCCAUAACUGUACUGCAGGAAAUUUUCAAAAUUUUCAGGUUCUUUUAGAAAGAUUUAUGGAAGAUGAAAAAUGUGAAAAAUGUGAAAGAUAUUCAAAUUACAUACAUAAAAGGUUUUCCUUCAAGAGUCUACUCCAGGUUCCUGAGGUUAAAGGUUAUGUUGAAGAAGAAAAUGGAACCAUAAGCGGAGAACCCAUCCGGGCAAGUGAAGCAUUUAAAGCUUUGGAGAAUUGCAUAAAAGCUUUUUGGUUAUUUGCAAAAUCAGAUAACAAACCCUUGUGGAAAUUUAAGAGUAUUUUGACGAUUUAUUCUCCCCGUGUUGAAGACCCUAAAGACUUGGAGCUCUUCUAUGACCUGACUAAGGAUCUACAAAAGAAGGGGCUAUUGUUGAAAGAAUUGCAAGGGAAGAAAAAAUGUUGGUUGAAGAGAAGGGUGAAUCCCAUGCAGAGAGAAUUCGAGAAAAUAGAUGUUUUAUUAACCACAAUCGACUUGAAGCUGGUGGAAAUAGUGCUUAAAAUGUCGAUAAUAUCCACAUCUCACUUGAAAUGGUGUCGAGAGAAGCUUAAUAACUUGGAGUUCAAGGAAGAUAAAAUUUUUAGGGUACACACAAAUAACUUGUUUCCCACAUCCUAAACUAGUUGGGUAAUGUCACUUUGCCAGAAAGAUAUUGAUAGAUGCCUUGACAUAAUGCGUGUUGACAAUAUAUGAUUGGAUAAAAAAGUUAAUUGUAUUUUAGUCAGUCCAAUAAUAAAAUAUCAUGUGACAUUAUGUCAACUUGUGACAUGAUUCAAACUUAGUUGGCUCAGCUUGUGUACACAUUUUCUUGGAACCUCAGGCCAAAAGCACAAGUCCAACGUGUACACAUCUAUGUUCCGCUCGAAGUAUCAAAAUGUAAGAUGUGUAGCUUGCCAUGAAGAAUCGAAUUUGAUUGAUAAGAGUUUAGUACUUUAAUUUAUGGGAA